GAGAGCAUUAUACAGUAUACACAAACACACAGUAGCAGCAAAAAGCUCUGACUCACACUUCUACCGUCUCUCUCCCUGCCUAAAUCUUCACCUGCUUCAUCAUUGAUUCGCCAUCGAAGGCUCUGACGCAUUGUAUCAUCUUCUUCUUCUUCUUCUUCUUCUUCUUCUUCUUCACUCUUACUCUUAUCGGAAACAUUCUUGGGGUUGGAGUUAUCGGAAAAAAAGUUUUCUUCGUAUCUUGAUCCCCUCUUAAACUAAGAUAGAUUCACACGUUUUUUUCUUCUCCAAAGCCGAGAUUCGCAUUUCGGCUUCUCAUUUCGAGAUUUCGUCUAUGGAAUCUCAGAAUCUUCUGUUGCGUGUUGUGGGACACUUCCCUAUAUCGUUGUGACUAUCUUCUGGCGGUGAUUUUUCUUAGGCUUUUUGCUUUGAGAAGUGGAGAGAGGAAGAAGAAGAUAUGGCUAAGAUGAUAAACAAGUCGCUUGUACUUACCUAUAUCUACUUACUGAUCUACAUUAUACUCUCUUCUGGAGUUAUACUCUACAACAAGUGGGUUCUAUCUCCAAAAUACUUCAAUUUUCCACUUCCUAUAACAUUGACUAUGAUCCAUAUGGGAUUUUCUGGAUUUGUGGCCUUCCUUCUUAUUCGGGUUUUCAAGGUUGUCUCUCCUGUUAAAAUGACUUUCGAAAUUUAUGUGACCUGUGUGGUACCUAUAAGCGCAUUCUUUGCAUCCAGCCUCUGGUUCGGAAAUACUGCAUAUUUGCACAUUUCAGUUGCCUUCAUACAGAUGCUCAAAGCACUAAUGCCGGUAGCAACAUUUCUCAUGGCCGUUGUCUGUGGCACGGACAAAGCAAGGUGUGAUGUGUUCAUGAACAUGGUGCUAGUCAGUGUUGGAGUUGUAGUAUCAUCCUAUGGCGAAAUUAAUUUCAAUGUAAUCGGCACAGUCUACCAGGUCAUGGGAAUCUUUGCUGAAGCACUUAGACUGGUGCUAACUCAAGUUCUUCUACAAAAGAAGGGCUUGACAUUGAAUCCAGUCACCAGCUUAUACUAUAUAGCUCCAUGCAGCUUUGUUUUCCUGUCAUUGCCUUGGUAUGUACUGGAGAAACCAAAUAUAGAUGUCACGCAGAUCCAAUUCAACUUCUGGAUCUUUUUCUCAAACGCUCUCUGCGCACUUGCCUUAAACUUCUCCAUAUUCUUAGUAAUCGGAAGAACAGGCGCUGUAACCAUCCGAGUUGCUGGGGUUCUGAAAGACUGGAUUCUCAUAGCCCUCUCCACUGUCAUAUUUCCUGAAUCAACAAUCACUGGGCUGAACAUUACUGGAUAUGCUAUAGCGCUCUGUGGUGUUGUAAUGUACAAUUACAUAAAAAUCAAGGAUGUAAAAGCAAUUCCACCAAGCACGGACAGCCUCCCUGAUCGAAUCACGAAGGACUGGAAGGAGAAGAAUUCGUCAGAUGGGGGGAGCCCCAGAGGAUUGGAGCUUAACGAUGAAGAAGCCCCUCUGAUAACGUCGCGGUUGUCACAUAUCGGGCGGACACAGCUUGGAACCCACACUGCCGUCUAAGAAUGACCCCCUUAUAUUGUUUCACUUAUCAGGUGAAAGACAUUAUCUCCUUUGGAACCCAAACAUUUUACAAAUAGAAUUUACCUCGGAUUACUUAACAAUGUUAGUCUUAAAAAAGGAAACGCGAAUGGCAGAAUUAUUUGUAGGGGUCUCUCAAUGUUAUAAAUGUGUUCACUAGAUGCAUUAGCUCCAGAGACCAGCCAUUAUGAUCCAAACAGUUCUGAGUGUGGCCCUGGAUCUGUUCUCAUUCCUAUUUAUAUAAAUUUUUUCAUAAAAGUAUACAAAAUUGGUGGAUCAUGAAAC